AUGCUGCUAUCUCUUUCCUUCUCUCUCUCUCUUUCUCUCUCUCUAUCUAUCUCACGCACGCAAGAUGCAUGCUUUCACCUUGCCUUCACCCUUACUUUCACUCCGUCCACCUAUCCACCCAUCAGUCCGCCAAUCGGCUACAAGUUAGAUUCGCGUCCAAGUCCAUCGCCGAGGCCUGGUGGGGUGUGGCGUGGCGUGGCGUGGCGUGGCGUGGCGUGGCGUGGCGAGUCGCCGACUGGCCGAUCAUUCGUUGUGCCUGCUCAUGGCCAUGCCUGCCUGUCUGUGUGUUUGUGUGUGUAUGCGAGAAGACGGCUCGGCUCGGCUCAGCUCAGCUCAGCUCAGCUCUGUUCGGCUCAUCCCAGCUCAGCUCGCCACCGUCCAGCCGUCCAGCCGUCCAGCCGUCCAGCCGCCCAGCCUGUCUGCUCGAAGGUCGAGGAGGUGGUCUCAGGUCGGCCGGAGAAGAGUGAAUCAGGUCGUGGCUCGGUUUCAUCCGACGCCGUCUCAGCCCACGAGCUCUGCGCACACUCAAGCCAGUCGGAACGUGCCGGAAUCCGCCGAAAUCCGCUGCGGCAGACACACAAGCCCCGUGCCCCGUGCCCCGUGCCCCGUCGUCCCCAGCAGGCCACGCAGGCGUCGACGCGCCUUGACCGGCCUCGAGCAGCCUCCCUCCCGCGAGAACUGUCGAGGCUGCCGACGCUUCGGUUGUCUCGUUCAAGCCUCUCGCUUAUUUUCGUCUCUAUUACGUCUCCAGCUCAUGCGCGUCGACCUCGCACGCCAACCUCGUGCGUGCUUGCUAGCCCUACCGCACCGCACCGCAUCGCACCGCAUCGCACCGCAUCGCACCGCAUCGCACCGCAUCGCACCGCAUCGCACCGC